UUGUGCAGUGACGUUUAGUCGUAUGUUCGUGGACUUCGGAGAAAAUCUCUUCCUACCUAAACGGUUAAUUCAGCAAAAUUAUUAAUUUACUUUCAUUGUGAUCAGAAACGCUUUAUAGAAAACUUGUGGAAAAGAAUAGUUGAGAGACCAAAAAUUUCAAUUUUUGCGAUACAUAAGCGCGUUAAAAGCGUUACUAAUAUUUUUCAAUAUUAGCACGGAAUCAGAGCUAUCCAAAAAAAAAAGUUAUCGAUUUCCCGUGGCAGUGCGAUUUGUUUGCUUUUGAUUUAUCCAUAUAUAUUUUCCAAGUCAAUGUGCGAUUGACUUCACAAAGAAUACCCGAGAGUACGAUAUCUUUGUCUAAUUUGCGAACUGGCAUUGCGCACCCCAAAGGAGGGGAAACAAAAUCUUAUAUGACUUUUGAAAGAUACGGUGAAACACCAGCAAAAAAAACCACACUUCUCAUUGAGAAAAAACGGAGUAAAGGGUUCGAGCUGUGCAUGAAUUCAAAAGGGCGAACCAAAAAUCACCGGACUUCGAGUAACAGACAUCGGAAGUUACAGCCUUUCAGGUACACAUGAGCCUGCUGCUUUGCCAUUUCUUAAAGACUUAAACUGAAUAGCUGAAUACCUACCACGGCGAAAACAAAAUCUUCAGAAGAAUAAAAGCAAAGCAAUAACCUUGCAAAAAUAAAAAUAAAACAACUAUAAUUCUGGCCGAUUCUUCAAAUAUACUCAGUACACCCGUUGUUUGAUUAGAGCACAAUUAAUUCGCCGUUUCGGAAGGACACCUGCAUCCUGCUUAUUCUGCGUACAUUUGAUAAGUAAGCAGCAGCGGCAACAACUCAAAAUAAAAGAACAUUUAAUGAACGGAAACGAAAGCUGGAUUAAUCACAAACUAGCAGAAAACCUGAAGACAAUUA